CCAGUUUCGAUCUACCGAUUUUCGUGGUCGUAUCGAGUUAGAUUUCAUCGAGUUGAAGCUCGGACGUAAUUCUAACUACAAAGACAUUACGGUCAUUAACGCCCAUAUAUUAAGGUUCUUUUACACUUUCCUACCAGUAAACUUCAGUACUGAACUCAUUGUUUACGCUUAAAAAUCUGUACGGUUUUGUGUCUGCGAAAUACAAUUUUAUUUUAGUUUAGCGGCUGCCGUAUGUUGGUAAUCUUGGUCUUGGCAACAAAAAUAAACACAGCAAGGCUAUUAAGUGUUUUGUUUUUAUCUGUUGAUUUCGUGGUUUGUAGGAUACAUGUCAUAACAACAUAGUAUUAUGCUGUUGUCAUAUUUCCUUGGACCAUUGCAGACGAGAAGUCGCAGAACCGAGGGACGUUUUAGUAGGUAACUGAAAAAUGGCUGAUGCCAGUGAAUGUGUAUUUAAGAAGACAAACUUCAAAAGGAAAGGAGUGCGAGCCAGGAGAAAGAGUUCAGAUUCCUCUGAUAGCAGUGAACAAGUGGAGAUUGUCAAAAGGCAGAAAAGGACAGGGAAAGAAAAUCCCCUUAUACAAAAGACAAGCUUACAAAAAACCACAAAUGUCAGUAAGGAGGAGAGUGAUACUUCAGAUGAAGGAGAUGCUUUGACAGUUUCUUAUCGUUCAAAGCGAAAUGCUGAUCGAGAAGGUCCACAGGACAUGGGAGCAACAGCAAUUCUAGAAAUAGAAACUGAAGUUGAUAAAGAUGCUCAAGCUAUCUUUGAAAAUGCAGUACGUAUUAAUAAAGAACUGAAAGGAAAGGAAGAUGAUAAGGUUUACCGAGGUUUAAAUAAUUAUACUCAGUUUUAUGAAAAGAAGGACACUGCUCAGGGCAACGCAAGUAGUGGAAUGGUUCGGAAAGGUCCUAUUAGAGCACCUGCUAACCUUAGGGCAACUGUAAGAUGGGAUUACCAACCAGACAUUUGUAAAGAUUAUAAAGAAACAGGAUUCUGUGGUUUUGGUGAUAGUUGUAAGUUCUUACAUGACAGAUCAGAUUAUAAGUAUGGUUGGCAGUUGGAACGUGAAAUGCAGGAAGGUACAUAUGGUGCAACAGAUGAUGAUCCUCAUCAAUAUGAAGUAGAUUCUGAUUCAGAAGACCUGCCAUUUAAGUGCUUUAUUUGCAGGGGAUCAUUUGUGAAUCCUAUUGUCACAAAAUGUAACCAUUAUUUUUGUGAGAAAUGUGCCCUAACACAGUACAGGAAAAGUACACGAUGUUUCAUUUGCAACAAACAGACAAAUGGUGUUUUUAAUCCUGCUAAAGAGUUGAUAGCAAAAUUAAAUGCUGAAAAGAGAAAUACUGAAACAGCACAUGCGUGCCAAAACAGUGAUUCUGACUAAAUUGUAAAUAUAAUUAUUCCAGGUAUUAUUACAGAAAACAUUUAUGGGACCACUAUUGCAAUAAUUUUAAAAAAUUGAAAAUGAAAGUAUUUCAGAGAUUUCCUUUGUUUGUCUGCUACAGUAACAGCAAGUAAAUAUAUGUGAAUAAUAGCACACAAACAUCGCGAUAGAUGAUAAGGUAUAUACAUUGUGACUAGGCAGAUCUCUUUCUUAUGAUUUACUUGUUGUUACGUAUUUGGUGAAACUGAGUACUGUUCUGAUAUCAGUAAAGGUGAUUAGCAUUCACAGUUAUGGUAGACGUUGAUGCCCAUGCAUCAGGGUCCAUAAAUGCAAAUGGUUUUUAUUACGUCAAUAUUCUUCAACUCAUUUAACCAGGUUUUGACACAACUAUAAUGAUCAGAGAAUUGUAAUCAUUUCUACUUACUUUUUCCAUUGUAGCUGCUGAAUGUAGAGGCAUUGGUACAUAAAUGUUUUUGUUUUGUGAACUUUACUUUUAGUAACUGUGAAUAGUACAGUUCUUUUCUUCACCUGCUUUCUUGUUCACACAACACAGUCAAACACGACAGUAUUAUUGUGCACAAGACCUCUCAAGUCCUAGAAUGGAACUGUAUUCCAUACAGUUACAGUGUUAGUUUUACUUUAAAGACAACUCCACAUGCAGCAGACACAAACUGUGUUACUUAUUCUUUACAUGUACAUUGUAAAAUACUGUUCCACAACAAAAAUGAUGUAAUAAAAGUAUGUGACCUA